AUGCGCGCUGUUGAAACAGCCAUCGAAUCCUACCGUUGGAGUACUGAAAUCACUAUUGCUGUUUUUCAACGAUGGUCAAAAAUGGUCGUUGACACAGGGAUUGAUCUCAGUCCAUAUGUCACCAGUCAAGACGCGAACGUACAAAAGGAUGGAAAGUUCUCUGUGAAUAUGCCUGGACAUUGGGAAGAGCCACUGCUUCCAAACUCGAAUCUCGACCUUCUUCUCGACGGAGUACGGGAAUUUGAUGGUGGAAUUUCUUACGCGUUAUAUCACGAGCCGUCUUUCGAUGGUUUGAAGAGAAUUGUUACCAAGGCCAAGAUUCAGCGGCUUGAGGAGGAUCUACGAAAUGGUACUUUGCCUGGUCUAGACAAGGAUUGA